GGAGUCAUACAGCGUUUAGUUUAUCUUAUCGCCGACGGAAAAAGUUCUUGGGAGCUAAGUAAGUAGCUCUUCUGCCCCCGAGAAGGAAACCAUCGUCCGCCUUUUCAUGUUGGGUUCAACCAUGAGCUUAUCCUAGAGUCUCUCAUUAGAAUUAACUCUUCACUCCUACGAUCUUCAGAGUAUACAUAAUCUAACCCUCACCCAAUGCCUCCUCCACACGCUUACUCUCAUUUGCGGGCCUAUCUGCGUCUGUCCGGAGCUCCAGCGCGCACUGUGAAUUCUCUAUCCUCUAUUCGACAUGCCUCCUUAACCUCAGCAAUUGAUCGAGGGAUCCGCAAAUCCCGCAACGUCGAAUCGCCAUCAUUCUCACGCCGCGAUCGUCCCUCUGAGAGGGAGGAUCGUGGCCGUCCGGAGAAGGAAGAUUUCCGCCGUCGUAAUCAUCAUCGCAGACAGGACGAACAACAGGAAUCAAAAGAUGUCGAAUUCGACGAGGACGAAUUCAUCCGGUCGGGAAACUUCCGCGCCCUUCCUCGAGAGUAUCAGGCACCAAGGGUAUCUCGUUUCAGAGGAAAUGGAGACUCAUACGGGAAUAAACCGUCAUCGCAUCAUCGCAAAACCUACGAAGAGGAUCGUUUCUCGUUAUCGAAGAAUCGAGAUAAUAAUAAGGACAAGAGGGAGAAGGAGAAGGAGAAGGAAAAGUAUGAACUUCGAGAACCUCGAUAUACAGACUCGCGACCUGAACGGGUGAAAGCCCACGUGAAGAUCCCCGAGACGAUUCCUUACACGACACCAGCGUCGGAAUUCAUCUACGGUACUACCUCCGUCGAAGCCUGUCUUCGGUGCUCGCGCCGCCAGCUAUACAAACUCUACAUCUAUCAGUCCGUCGAUGAAGAACUCUCCCAGACAAAGAUCACUCUUCGGAAACUGGCCCUUUCCAGGGGCGUCCCCGUCAAAAUGGCCUUUGGCGGCUGGGACCGUCUCCUGGACAAGAUGAGCGCCGGACGACCGCAUAACGGAGUGAUUCUGGAAGCAUCGCCCAUCCCGCGCUUACCAGUGACGAGUCUCGAUGCCGUUUCUUCACCGGAAACAGACCAUUUCACAGCAUCGCUAGCUCCGCAAUCUCGCGAAGAAGCCGCCGUGAACGGGACAGAUAAUCGCAUCUCCAAGAUAUCACCGAUCCAAACCCUCCCACAGACCGAGACUCCAACAAACUAUUACCCUCUCACCCUCCUCCUCGACGGUAUUCUCGACCCUGGCAAUCUAGGGGCCAUCCUCCGCUCCGCAUACUACCUUGGCGUCUCCGCCGUCUGCUUCACAGGCCGAAACUCUGCCCCCCUCUCCCCCGUGACUAUCAAAGCCUCCGCCGGCGCAGCAGAGAACAUGACCCUGCUCAAGGUCAACAACGCCGUAGACUUCAUCAAACAAAGUCGCCGGAAUGGCUGGCGCUUCUACGCCGCUGACGCCCCCGGUCCUGGUACCGCAAUGUCCUCGAACGUCCUCGCAGACGGCUCUGGUCGUGCAGGAACGCUUUUGCAACAAGCACCAUCGGUGCUUAUGCUCGGAUCUGAGGGCACGGGUCUCAGUCCGCACGUCAAGGCCCAUGCGGAUUCCUUUGUCGGGAUUCCUGGUGCUCGACUUGGUCUCGAGGGCGAUCUCACGGCUGAUCCUGCACGGGUUGACAGUCUGAACGUCAGUGUUGCUGCGGCAUUGUUGAUCGAGAUGUUUAUGCGAACUCCGCUUGUCGUGUCUGAAAACCAUAAGAAUUGAUCCAAAAAUCGAGGCACGGGAGUAGAAGCAUAAAAUAUCAAAAGGAUAUCCUCCGAUGACAUGAAGUUUCAAUUUGAUGUGGACUACUCGCAUUUGCAUUGACUCGGCGUUUACUCGUUCUGGGGAGGGAGCCAACUCCCGCGGCUUGUGACUAAUUAGUACUACCAGUCAUUCUUCCGUU